AUAACGAUAAUUUCCUUGAAAGGAUUCACAAGAAAUUGGAAAAGUUAUUUAAGGACAAUCGCUGUAUUAAUUAACGUGAUGGUAUAUUAAUUAACGAGUAAUGGUCGACUUUCUAAUGUAAGAUAUUUCACGUUUCUACGAGUUAAAAUCACGUUUACAUUACGAGUUCGACUCGCUACGUUUCUUAUUUACGUAUUGACUGACGACUAGUGAAAUUUAUAAUUAAAACGAAUAUAGAAACGAUACGACUGGAAAGUAGUGGAAACGUAGGGGAAGGAUAAGAAGCGUGUAAACGGAAGUAUAUAAUACUGUAUCGGUUUUACACGUAAUACGAGGAACGCACACGACACGAAGUAGGAAGGGGUUGCUGGUGAUUUGCCCUCGCUAUCGUUCUCAGUACUUGCGCGAACGUUGACGCGAUCGGACGUGCAAGUUUCUUCAUCGUUCGUGAUAUUCGGUAAAAAAGAUGCACGAGACAUGAAGAGAUAAUAAUAACGAAAUUCGUUGAUAAAAAAUAAAUAUUUAUUGCAUUUAUCGAGCGAACAAGCAUUCGUUGUGAAAGUUUCUUCUGUUCCUAACGACAAAAAAUAUUCGAAGUGUCUCUUUAAACGAAGUGAAUUUCAACGUUUCUGUAUCGCUAUGUCUCGAAUUUUCUUCGACAAUCGAUCGUGAAGAUAUAGAUUAGUUCGCUUUGCGUCACUAUAUCUUUUUUUUUUUUGUUUGUUAAGGGUGGUAGGAAUUAGAUGGGUGUAAUCGUACGACGAGUUACCGCAUUAUCCUGACAUUGGACGGUUUCUUCUCUUUUACUGCAGUGUGACACAACACCUUUUGUACGAGUAUUAUAAGUGUUAAGAAUCUAUAGAAUUCCAAUGUUUUCUCACGGUGAUAUGCCGAGUACAUGUGGAUUACUUUUUGCCGAUAAUCAAACGAUAAUAAUAUACUAUGACGUACACAGUAAAUGUAACAAAUGUUUGAUAGAUCGCAUUCAACGAUCGAUCGCACGUGGUUAAUCGAGAACCUAGUUCGAUUUAAAUUAUCAAAGGGAACGGUGAUGUUAUAGCAACAGAUCCAUUUGCAAAAAGACUUUGCGUUACAAAAGUUUGUGCGUUUUCGAGAACGCGCUUGAAACACGGACAAUCGCAAAUAAAUAUAGGAAUACGUAACAUGUUUGCUGGUGCAAACGAAUCAAAAAGAUGGCUACGGGAUAAUACCAUACUUCUGAGAGCCGCAAAGGAUCUCGAAGAGCGGCGCAGUCAUUAUGAACCGUCGAUUGGACCUGGAGUACCCGACUACAUCGAUGAUCCUUCGUUUAAUUUCGAGGAAAAUGAUUUCGUGCCACAUUUUCAACGAGUUUCGAUAUCCGGAGAAGAUACAUCAGGGGUACCUUUGGAAGACCUUCAACAGGCAUCGCAGAUGCUCGUUCAAGCCUUGGUGAUACGAGAAAAGUAUAUGAAUAAUUCUAAACAAAGUUUUCCUUCCAUUACGACCAAAUUUUUACGUAGCAUCGACAAAAGACCUGUUACUUCGAAUGAUGAAGUUCAACAUGAUGAUCGCAAAGCUAUCGCAGAUCAUCCGGUACACGCACCUGCAUCCCGUGGAGAUCCUUGGGAAUGUAAAUUCCCACCAACAAAAAAUUAUACAAUUUUACCCAUAAACGGCGUUUUUAAUGUUUUCGCCAAUGAAGAGGACGCGAAGAAUGGAGAACCACUUCCAUAUUCCUAUCCAGAUUUAGCAGCUUUUGUUAGAGACAUGAAUCUUCUUUGCACCAUGAUCGCCGACGGUCCUUUAAAAUCUUUCUGCUAUAGAAGAUUGAGUUAUCUCUCAUCCAAGUACCAAUUGCACGUUUUGUUGAAUGAACUUAGAGAGUUAGCUAGUCAGAAAGCUGUUCCACAUAGAGACUUUUAUAAUAUCAGAAAGGUCGAUACACAUAUUCAUGCAGCUUCCUGUAUGAAUCAAAAGCAUCUUCUUAGAUUUAUAAAGAAAACAUUAAAAAAUCAUGCGGAUGAAAUUGUUACGUGUUCGAAAAAUGGUGAAACUAUGACACUGAGUGAAGUAUUCCAAUCAAUGAAUUUAACAACGUACGAUUUAAGCGUAGAUAUGCUAGACGUACAUGCUGAUAGAAAUACAUUUCAUAGGUUCGAUAAAUUCAAUGCUAAAUAUAAUCCUAUUGGUGAAAGCAGACUGCGCGAAGUUUUUCUUAAAACUGAUAAUUAUCUUAAUGGUAAAUUUUUCGCAAGUAUAAUUAAGGAAGUAGCAAGCGAUCUUGAAGAAUCGAAAUAUCAAAAUGCAGAAUUACGAUUGUCCAUUUAUGGAAAAAAUCCUGAAGAAUGGGAUAAGCUAGCUAAAUGGGCGAUACAGAGCGAUGUUUAUUCGGACAAUGUUCGCUGGCUCAUUCAAAUUCCAAGACUUUACGACAUCUUCAAGCUAAAUAAGCUUAUGACCAACUUCCAAGAGAUUUUGAAUAAUAUCUUUUUACCUCUUUUUGAAGUAACUAAUGAUCCACAUUCACAUCCUGAAUUACAUAAGUUUCUACAAUAUGUGAUAGGAUUUGAUUCUGUAGAUGAUGAAAGUAAGCCUGAAAAUCCAUUAUUUGACAAAGAUGUUUCCCCUCCAGAAGAAUGGGAUGAUAUUGAAAAUCCACCAUAUGCUUAUUACCAGUAUUAUACCUAUGCAAACAUGACAGUGUUGAAUCACUUUAGAGCAGAGCAAGGUUUAAAUACUUUUGUUCUUCGCCCUCAUUGUGGAGAAGCUGGACCAAUUCAACAUCUUGUUUGUGGUUAUAUGAUGGCAGAAAAUAUUUCUCAUGGCCUUUUACUAAGAAAAGUUCCCGUACUCCAGUAUUUGUAUUAUUUGGCACAAAUUGGCAUUGCCAUGUCUCCUUUAAGUAACAAUUCUCUUUUUUUGAAUUAUCAUCGUAAUCCUCUUCCAGAAUACCUUGCAAGAGGAUUGUGUGUAAGUCUUUCAACAGAUGAUCCUCUACAAUUCCAUUUCACGAAAGAGCCUUUAAUGGAGGAAUAUAGUAUUGCAGCACAAGUAUGGAAGCUCAGUUCAUGUGAUAUGUGUGAAUUAGCUCGUAAUUCAGUUCUUAUGAGUGGUUUCCCACACAAGAGUAAACAAUAUUGGCUUGGCCCAAAUUAUACAAAAGAAGGUGUUGCUGGUAAUGAUAUUACUAGGACCAAUGUACCGGAUAUACGAGUGGCUUAUAGAUAUGAAACUCUGGUUGAUGAAUUAUGUAAUAUUUGUAAAGUCGUAGAAAAACCAGAGUCUAUACUAUUUUAACUUCGGUUAACUUUGCAAAAUGUGUUAUAACAGUACAACAUUUUUCCUGCAAUGAAUUAUUUCAAAUAUGGACAAAAUUAUAAUGGAACAGGUAAGUUUGUGAUUCUUAUAAUAGAAUUCAUUAUUUUGAUUCAUUCAGCAUUUGUGUAUGAUAUAUUUUAUAGGCAGACUAUCUUCUAUCUAAAUUAAUAUAAAACAAUAUUUCUGGUUAUUAUAUUUCUUAAUCCAAACAAAAAAAAAUUCAACUGUAUUAUAUUAUAAUAUUUCUCAAAGUAUUUGUUAAACUGAAUCUGACAAUACCUUUUAUAUACCUUUUGGUAUCAAAUAUUAUAUUUUUAUUUAUGACGCAUAUUUCCAUUGUUAUGUAUAAGUGAACAAACUAAUUAUAAUGAUCUUAUAUAGAAA